AUGGCCAAGAUAAUUUAUCUUUUAUAUUUUUACUUGUUUUAUUUUAACACUUGUUUCUCAUUACAGUCUACAGAUACUAAAUCUAUGUAAGUAUAUAAAUUAUAUAUAAAUAUAUAUAUAUAUGUUUUAAAUACAUUUUGGAUUGUUCUGUUUGAACAAGUCUAAUUUAUUGAACCACUGUUUUUGUUUGAAAAACUUAUUUGACAUUAAUUCAUAGAAUAAGUUUUCAUACAUCAUUAUUAAGGAAGUUAUGACAGAAAAAAUUAAAAAAACAAGAUGUUUUUAUUUCUUUAUGCUGAAAUAUAUGGGGGGUUUUAAUGAUGGAAGAUCAUAGUGCAAUUAGAUCUUUUUUGUGAAUUAUUACUUUAGAAAUUCUAGUGGUUUUAAAACCGUAUACAUAACCUUCACGGAACAAACAAGGGUUCCAGGGCAGCUUCAUUCAUCAACUCAAAUUUUGUCAUAUGGCCCUCUAGUAUCUAAAAUGCACACCUAAACUGCUAUAUGUGAAACCAGGCUUUUGGUUACUUCUGUUCGCUCUCAAAAUGUUUUAAUUCUUUUAGAAUCAGCAAUAAAAAACACAACUUUUCUUUAAAAAAAAUUGUUGUUAAAAUAGACUUAUACUGUUCUGUUUAUACUAUUAAAUUUAUACCUAUACUAUACAAUUUUUUACCUAUUAUUAUUAUAUUUUUUUUUCUGCGUUUGAACCAAAAGCAGUGAGGGAUCUGUUUUCACAAUACUUCCCCAGUCAUCAUUUAUUGAAAAUUACAGCUAAUAUACCUAUUUUAGAUACUGUUUCAUCUAACAGACUAACAUAUAUAGGUAACUAAAAAACUAUACAACAAACUAAAGUAAUCCUGUGUCUAACUUAACUAACUUAACAUUACUGUUGUUGCCCUCACUCGUGUUAUCCUCCCUGUUGGUGACCCGGUUCACCAGUCUGGAGUCACUUUUUGGAACUUAACUUCAUAUUACAUAAACAUAAUACGUAAAUGCAAUGCAAUUUAUAUAAAAUAAAUUUAAAUGUGUAUGUACCUGUUAUAUAUGUCUCAUAUAUCUUAUUUAAAUUUUGAUUGUUGAUUCUUUCUAUAGUGAUGUUCUACCUGAUGUAUGUGAAAAUCGUUUGCAAUUGUUUGCCAACGAAACAGCUAAUUUUACUUUAUGCGUAAUCACUAAUGCUCGGCCAAUUACUGUGUGUGAAAAUUGUGCGAAUGAGUAUUAUCGGGUACUUGAGAGAUAUGAAGCCAUCCAAAAAGUAACAAUUUAAUGAUAUGAUUCUGUAUUAAUUCAAGUUGUAUUUCUUUUUUCUUUUUUAUUUCAGCUACAUGUUAAUGACAGUGAAGUAGAUUGUCGAAUAUUUUUAACUAAUAUUGAUCGGUUACAAGUGGUGUAUGCAAGUUAUAAUUAUGUUUUAGAUAUGUGGGAAAAAGCAUCUUGUAAAUGUUUGUACAUCAAUAUAAUUAGUGUGUACAUAUAUUUUAAAUACAAAAAGAUAACAUAAGUUUUAUUUUGUUGUUACAGUGUGUUUAAAUUUAAAUGGAACGCUCAAUGAUAAAACUAAAUAUAUAAUGCAUUUAGGGGAUGUGUUGGAUUCUUGUGUGACAAAGCACAUAAUAAAUGGUACGAAUCAUAGCUCAUCACUUUGUACAGAUUGCAAAGAAGCUUAUAUGACAUUAAACAGUUACUAUAUUACACAUAAAAUUGAUAAUGUAUUUUGUAUGGAUGUUGUUGAUUUAGUAAGUUUAAAUUUAUUAAUGAAUUCAUUUUGAAAUUUUUUUUUUAAAAUCAAUUAAUUUGUAUAGAUUAAUAAUACACAAACUGAAUGGAGUUUAAAAUGGAAAUGUCAUGUAUCUAAUUAUGAUUCUGAAUGGGUUUUAUUAUUCAUUUCAUUUAUUGUACUUCUGCUGCCUGUUAUGUUUUAUUUUAUUAAUUGGUUAUUUUCUCAAGAAAGAUCAAACACAUUAAUAUUUCGUAAGUACUUUUAUACAAUCGAUAAUAAAUCAUUCUUUAUUUCCAUACAUUAGCUUGGACCCACAAAUGUAUACAAUUUACACCAGAGUUCAAUUGUUAAAUACAUCUAAAUAAUAAUAUAAUAUUAAUUGCAUUUUAAUUAUUUUUUAGAAAAUCGUUGGCAUGAAAGAUUUACUAAUAAUGCAGCAUCAACAUCAAAUUAUGUUGUCAUAACAUAA